AUGUCAGGUCAGGAGACCUCGCCACAGUCUCCCCCCGCAAACACACCCAAACACCGACGACCCUGGAAUGCAGCCGAGGAUGCGACCCUGAGGACGCUCGUUGGCCACUUUGGCGCGAGUAGAGGGUCUGAGGGACGUUGGAAGGAUAUUGCUGCGGGCUUGGAGGGAAGGACGGCAAAGGAGUGUCGAAAGAGAUGGCUUCAUUCUCUUGAUCCUUCCUUACGCAAAGGUCGAUGGACAUCUCAAGAGGAUGAGAUUCUCCUUUCGGCUUAUGCUCGGCUUGGACCAGUAUGGAAUGAUAUUGCGAAUCUCAUCCCUGGAAGAAAGGAUGAUCAAUGUUCGAAAAGAUACAAUGAUAUCCUAAACCCAUCUGCCAAGAACCGGUUAAGUGACUGGACCGCAGACGAAGACAACCUUCUCCGUCAGGGAGUAGCAACACUUGGUCAUCGAUGGGUAGCCAUCUCAUCAAGAAUACCUGGUCGUCCACCUCUGACCUGUCGUAAUCGUUGGCGCACACUCUCAAGGCUAUCGCAUCAACGACAGAGUAAAUCUCAAGGAACAACUCCUUCGUCAUCAUCUCAGAUGUCUCCCACAGACAUUGGAAUUUCACCAGCGCCGCAAAACCCCAAUAUCAACCUGGAAGCGAAUACGGGUGACCAUAUGAUGACGUUUCCAACUAUGGAUGGCGAUAUAAGUCAUGAUCAGAUGGGGGCUAACUUUCUUGAUUCGGCCUUUUUCGAGAACUUUGCAGGCCCUUCGCCGUCUCCUCUGAGAGAAGCGAGUGAGGAUACUGAGACACCAAAUGAGACUACAGUACCGAUGAAUCCAGCAACUGUCCCUGACAUUCCCUCAAACGUUCCGGAACCUCCGCGAAACGAUUCCAGGACAUGGCAUCAGCCACCCAGGCUGCUGCAGCCAGAAUCACAACCGCAACCGCAACCGCAGCCGCAGUCGCAGCCAGUUCCGAAUAACACAAAUGGGACUUUCACCAUGCCUUCGCCUUCUACCUGGUCACAACUAGGCGUAAUGCUCCCCCCAGGCACGUCCCCUGGCAACCCACACUUGUGGAUGGGCGACAAUGGCCAUCCUCCUGCUCACAUGGGUGUCCCUGGAGAAAGCUCAUUGCCAGGCGUUACAGGGGGCGAUCCUAUUCCCCAAUCCUACACCGAGCAAUUUCAACUGCCAACUUCAGCACCACAAGCGAUACAUCACCACCACCACCAUCAUGUGCAUCAUCACUUCCAUCAUUAUCAUCAUUACCCUGGUGGAGGAGAUCAAUGGCGGCAAUUGGAGCAGCAAUGCGAAGCAGACGCUAUGCAGUCAGUUCAACAAAAUGAGAAUGGACCUCCGAACGCAGGAUGA